AUGUCUCAACCCACCCUACCUCGCCUUCUACUUCUUCUUCUUCUACUCCUCCUCCAUCUCCUCAUCAUCCCCAGCGCUAUUUCCGCUCGACCUCUAACACAGCACAAAUCCACCCCAUCUUCUCUCAAAGACGAAUCUCCCAUUUCCAUCGACGGUCUCUGUGGAUCCCACAGCAACAAUAAUCAAAAAACAACAUGUCUCCACUCCCCCUUCGGAGACAGUUGCAGCAAAUGGGGUUUCUGCGGUUCAUUCUACGAGAAAGAAUAUUCUGGGAUAGGCUGUCAAGUAGAUUUUGGAGUUUGCAAUUCAGAAUUCGCGACCUUAACCGACGAUGCUGCGGAAUCGAGCACUACCUCGUUAUCAACUUCUUCUUCUUUUUCAACAAGUACAACAACAUCAACUCCAGGCAUCAUUAUUAUUCCAGCUACGACUACUUUUGUCAGUGUCGUGGUGAGUACGAGUGUGAGUGGGAGUUUCACCCCUGUUCAGACUUUGACGGGCAUGGUGGGAUUUUGUGGGGUGGCGGGGUCGAAUUGUGCGGUGUGA